AAAACGACAACCGUAUUCUUUAAACGACUGAACGCUGUACCUAAAACUAGGUUUCUGGCCUUUCAAUUAAAUUCACACAACUGAUGGUUCUUUUAUCUAACAAAUCAAAAGGAAAAUGUUAGCUUCUGCAUGACAGAACUCAGAAUGUAUAUGGUCUUUGACGUCCAUUUGCAGUUCAUAUUAGAAGCUCAGUUGCUCCCGCUCAGAAAAGUAAAACAGUUUCAGCCCAAUACUGUCAAUGGCUACUAUCAUUUUUAGUUCUUCAUUAACUUUUCCUCAUCUAUAUGCAACUUCAAGGCGGAUUGUUAGAAUGUCUGCUACUGCAACUAGAAAUCCCAAUACAAUGUUCGAAUCUGUGACGAUACAGCCUCCUUUGCAUCCUACCUAUGAUUUGAAGGGUGUCAUUAAGCUAGCUCUUGCCGAAGAUGCUGGGGAUCAAGGAGAUGUGACUUGCAUGGCAACCAUACCACUUGACAUGGAAGUGGAAGCCCAUUUCUUGGCAAAAGAGGAUGGAAUCAUUGCAGGAAUCGCACUAACAGAGAUGAUAUUUCAUGAGGUUGAUCCCUCUUUGAAGGUGGAAUGGUCUCAAAAGGAUGGAGAUUGUGUUCACAGAGGGCUGCAGUUUGGAAGAGUCUCUGGACAAGCACACAAUAUUGUUGUAGCUGAAAGGGUAGCGCUAAACUUUAUGCAGAGGAUGAGUGGAAUAGCAACUUUAACUAAGGCAAUGGCAGAUGCUGCACACCCAGCAUGUAUUUUAGAGACUCGAAAAACUGCUCCUGGUCUACGUUUAGUUGAUAAAUGGGCUGUGCUAAUUGGAGGAGGAAGAAAUCAUAGAAUGGGUUUAUUUGAUAUGGUCAUGAUAAAAGAUAAUCAUAUAUCUAUAGCAGGAGGUAUUAUAAAUGCCAUCAAAGCUGUUGAUCAGUAUUUAGAGCAAAGGAACCUUCAAAUGGAGGUUGAGGUCGAGACGAGGACACUUGAAGAAGUGAAUGAGGUGUUAGAUUAUACAUCACAAACAAAGACUUCCUUGACCCGGAUAAUGUUGGAUAAUAUGGUUAUACCACUGCCAAAUGGGGAUGUUGAUGUAUCCAUGCUUAAACAAGCUGUGGAGUUGAUCAAUGGAAGAUUUGAGACUGAGGCAUCAGGCAAUGUUACUCUUGAAACAGUGCACAAAAUUGGACAGACUGGUGUAACCUACAUUUCUAGUGGUGCAUUGACCCAUUCUGUAAAAGCACUUGACAUCUCCCUCAAAAUUGACACAGAGUUGGCUCUUCAAGUUGGGAGGCGUACAAAACGAGCAUAAUUUUCUUGUUAUCUUCAUUAGUUUAUGCACUGGUAAAGUCCAAGCUUUUGUACAAAAUAAUAUCAGAAAGAGCAGAAUAUUUGUCCUGUUUUUGUGUUUCUAAUGAAAGGCCAUGCUUCCAUAGGAGUUUAAAACAGUUACUCUGUUUUAGAUGAUAUUGAUUGUUAUAGAAGAUUGAUAAAAAUGUAGGAACACAUUGAUAAAGAUAUUUUAAGAUGGAAUUAUAAAAAGUGAUGCUUUAGUAA